CUAUCUCCAUAACCUUACCCCUUUCUUCCAUCAUCAUUCAUCAGCAUCUAUUACUCCGGUAUUAUUUCUUCCCCUUUUUAAUUUUUUUUAUUCUCCUUUUUUUUUCUUCUUCCUUCUAUCAGUUGCUAAAAUCCAGUGGAUGAAUCACUGCAAUACUUCCUCUUCUUAGACUUCACACUUCCCAACAUCACAGACCUUUCUUUUUGCCACUCCAUUUCCGUUUUAUACACCUUUUCUCUCUCCUCCCCAAACCAAAACAAAAAAAAACCUAACUUCCAUUUUUUCGUCAUUUUCUCCCGUCAAAUUGUUGAAUGUUCUCGAAGAAGGUAGUGUUAGUGUUGUGAAAGAGGUGGUUAUGAUGGAUGAGAUAUACGGCCUUCAUCCGGUGGUGGCUGCGGGUGGCGAUUAUUCCGAUAAGGCGUUGAUGUCGCCGGAUAAUCUUAUCCUGAAUUCAGAUUAUCAUUCAUUGAUCAUGAAUUCCGGUAGCGCCGCCGCUGUCCGAUUCGGCUCCGAUGAACUGAUCUCCGCUACUUGUAUUUCUGAGUCUGCUUCCGUCACUCCUGAGUUGCAGCAACGAGAUGAUGACACGUCUACCUCCAUCAAGGCUAAGAUCGCCUCUCAUCCUCAUUAUUCUCGCCUUCUUCAAUCCUAUAUCAAUUGCCACAAGGUGGGAGCGCCGCCGGAAAUAGCGAAUAUGCUGGAGGAAAUGAAGCAGGAAAACGACUUGUAUAGACGAAGAGGAGGAGGGAGGACGUGUAUAGGAGUUGAUCCUGAGCUUGAUGAAUUCAUGGAGACUUACUGUGAGAUUUUGGACAAGUAUAAGUCAGAUCUUUCAAGACCCUUUGACGAAGCUACCAACUUCUUAAACCAAAUGGAGACGCAGCUCCGGAAUCUAUGCAAGGGAGCCUUUGUAAAGAGCGCCGCUGCGGCUGGUGAUUCAGAGACAAUAAGGGAGUCCUCUCAAGAACAAGGCUCACUUGAAGAGGAAGGUGCCGUGUCAUCAGACGAGGAGUAUAGCGGUGGAGAGAUAUAUGUACAUGAUCUGCAGCAAAAAGAUGAAGAACGGGAUCUUAAGGAUCAGCUCUUACGUAGAUUUGGGAGUCAUAUAAGCAGCCUCAAGAUUGAAUUUUCCAAGAAAAAGAAGAAAGGGAAGCUACCAAGGGAAGCAAGGCAAAUGCUUUUCGAGUGGUGGAACGCUCACUAUAAGUGGCCAUAUCCUACUGAAGCCGAUAAAAUUGCACUAGCUGAAAUGACAGGUCUUGAUCAAAGGCAAAUCAACAAUUGGUUCAUAAACCAACGGAAGCGUCAUUGGAAACCAUCCGAGAACAUGCAAUACGCGCUCAUGGAUAAUUUCAACGGGCAAUACUUCACAGAUGACUAAGGAGUAAGGACUCAACCCUUCACUUCUUGACACGAGAAUCGUAUUUAAUCUGGCUGCUUAUGUAUAUGUGCUAAUGGUAAUCUUACCUUGCCAAUUUGAGAAUCACUUCGAUCCUUAAUUUCAUUUUCGAUUAAUGGAGGGAAAAUAUAUCCUCCCUCCACCAUUUGUAUUCUCAUUGCAAUGUAAACCAAACGAUGUACUACUAAUGUAUCCUCAUAAAAAUGAAAUGGCUAAUUUCUCAGAA